AUGGAACAUGCUGAGGAUAUUGUCGGUGAACAUCGGGAGAAGCAUGAUGAUGAGGAAGCUGUUGCUCGUCUUGAGGAAUUUAAGAAGUCUGUUGAAGCAAAAAUGGUGCUACAUCAGAGUAAUUUGAACCCUGAAAGGCCUGACUCAGGUUUUCUCAGGACAUUGGAUUCUAGCAUUAAGCGCAACACGGCUGUUAUAAAAAAACUAAAGCAGAUAAAUGAGGAGCAGCGAGAAGGUAUGAUGGAUGAGUUGCGUGGUGUCAACAUAAGCAAAUUUGUUAGUGAAGCAGUAACUUCAAUUUGUGAUGCGAAGCUUAAAGCUGCAGACAUACAAGCUGCUGUUCAGUGUGUGGUAUCAACAGGGUAUAAUGCAAGUAUCUUAAAGCUGCACUUUUCUUGA